AUGAAGAAAGUGCCCCUGCAAAGUCCAUACGUGAUAAAAGUCCGUCAAGAGGCAGUGAUCCACUUAUACGGUUUAAAAUUUCAAAGUGCAGCUAAGCAAGGUCUCGGUUUUACCAAUCGCCGGUCGAGAUACCAUCGGAGUCGCCAACGGAACCUCGCGAGCAACCUUAUUGAUCGCACGACUUUGAACAAGGUUGUUAACGCAGAGGCGAGAGAAGAAGUGAUUAACAACGAGAGCCCGAAUUACACGGGAUGCAACGUUGAUUCCGAGAAUCCUACCUGCGGUCUCACCUUCAUGCACGGGGAACCUGUUCCUUUUAGUCAGGGUUUCUGUUGCUCGUGCGAUCCUCGAACGAACGCGAGACGUCAGUUCGCAGGCUCGAACGAAUCCCUGGAAAGUUCAGCUGCCAAGUCAAACUACAACGUCGCAAACAAAGCUGGCAACAGGUUAGCAAAGCAAAGCUACACGAGUACGAGCGAGGAUCCUGUGGCAGUGGUCCAGAAAACGAACAACGAUGUUCGAUCGAUGAAGAAAUCAAACACGCGACUCGUAAACUCUGAUACCGCCGAAACAAUCGGCGGUGUUUCCGGCUCGGCUAACAGGAAGGACACGGUGCACAAAUCGAUGGAUCGAUUCCCGUCGAUGGCGAUGCGUACGAACAAAGAAGAGAACAAUCACGGGUAUCUCGUAUCGGGGAAAAAGGAAGCCUCGAAUUCCCGUGUCACGGAUUCCAGCGAAAAACAUUCCGGAGAACGGGCGUCGUUGGUGUCGAGGCCGGAAGUGUCCCCUGGAAGUCCGCCAAACGGAGAUAAAACAGCGUCCGACAUUGCGUGCGACGGGGCGAUUCAACCGGGAAAUGUGUCCCUGAAAAAAGCGGGUGAACUCGCGAAACAGCAACGAAAUUACGCGAAAAUGGUUGACAAAGAAAACGUCAACGGUGACAGAUCCGUUCCUAACGCGCGAUGUUCCGUGAAAAAAGACGCGAAAAAUCAACGCGGCUCCAUCGAAAAUCUCCAUUCGGAAAAUGUAGAUAGAGAGAAACACCGAUCGAACAAAUCUACACUACAAAAAUGGUCGAAUUCGUCGUUGAAGGACUCGAAGACAAAAUGGCGAAAGAAGAUUGCAGCGAACGACGUCAAGGGUGAACCCGCGAAUAAAGGUUCAUCCCCGAAGAAGAGGAACAAAGCGUUUCCCGUUACUUCGACAAUCGAUUCGCCGGCUGCUAUGCAUUUAAACGAGCCUUUAAAAAAUUUGUCGACAGGUGUAUUGAAUAGCAAUGGGUCUCCUGUGAGCCAGUCUGUUCGCAAAGGUAAUUUGAAUGGCGUAAUGGAAAGUACGUCUCGCCGGCCGGAUAUUAGAGUCAAGAGUUUUAACGAGAAACAUGGACCGAACGACAAGAAAUCGAUUCGCACCCUCGAAGGCGUCGACCUGAAGCUGAUUUCGGAGACGAUCAUCGACUGUCCGAAAAAGAAUCGCGCAAAAGGGAGUAUCAAGAACUACACGCCGCAGAAGAGAACCUUGAAGAACCUGUCUUAUCGCAAGAACAAGCGACAUCGUGACCGCAGAAACCAGAACGAAGUCGACCAAAGCGAAAGAAACUUUAGAAGAUCCAAUGGACCGUUUCGUGCUGGAAGAAACCGACGCGGGCCGACCUCGAGACGAAAGAGAUGGAGCAAAAAGCUGGACGACAAAGGAUACGCAGGGAUUCAGAAUUCGGCUCGCGGCGUUCAAGUGUACAUAGACAAUUCUAGACCCCUGAGUCGCACGAGCGAGCAAUCAAGGUCGAGUAAAUUGACACAGAAGGAAGCGAAGGACAGUUUGGACAAACGCAUCGACGAGAAGUUCAGUCGCAUAAACGACGUGCUGAAGGAGGACCUCAUGGGCAAGAGUAUGGACGACAAGUCCAAGUGUACAGAUGGGUCUUGCGAAAAUAAAGAUGCAGCUUCUGAAAGUAAAGGUGUACUUUCUGAAAAUAAAGAUGUAUCAUCUGAAAGUAAAGAUGUACCUUCUGAAAAUAAAGAUGCAGAACAGAAAGAGGAAGGUCAAGAAGAGACGCAGUCUGAUUUCCAAAACGUCGAAGAUGACGAAUCUAAGGGUUCCAAUACAAACCUUGAAGCGGAGAAUUCGAGCAAGGACGAAGAACAUGUAGUUAAGUCACCCGAUGAAUUUGAGAAGUCUAAGAGUUCGACACGCAACGCGGAGCUAGUAAUUUCGCCUACCAGCGAUGGCUAUAAAGCGACUUCCGAUUUAUCCCUGGCAGAGGAAGAGUUGUUCAAGGAAGCGGCAACAGAGAUGACGCGAGCGUUGAUAGUAGUCGAUCUCUUCAAGGUUGUAACCAGUCCGCUGAACCAGCAGCUGCAAACCACAACCCUGAAGCCAUCGAAUCGAUCGCUGAUGGCGAGUCUUGCGAAGAGCAUACAGAAAGCCUUUGGACUUCAGCGGGAGUCGGAGACAACUCGUCAAACGUUCGUGAUCACGUUGAACGAGUCGACCGUGACUGAAAACAGUACCGAAGCGACGACAACCGGCGGCACCACGAGAAUCACGGAUCAAGCUCUUCGACCUUCGAUCAAGCCCUUCAAAGCGAAGCAAACUUCUGGCGAGUUCCAUAACGAGGUCGUCAUCGACGAGUUGACUUUCCCUGAAGAAACCAAGGAGUCAACUUCCGCAACGCGGGGAGACUCGGUGACCCAGGUACAAGAUGGAAGGAAAAAGAAACGUAUGACACCGUCGAUUAAGGAUUCGUUGGGGCUUCGAUCGACCGGGUUCGACAGAAGCGUUCGCGACGAUAAUCUGGGAGGAAAGAUGAAAUACUCCUUCGAGGUUGGAAACGUUAAUCUGAUGAAGGAGAAGCUGGGCUCCAGCAGCUUCGUUCGUGAACAGCGGAAUUAUCUGCAGCUGAUGGUUAACGGCCAGGAAGCUGAAAAGAGUUACAGAAAAGGACGCAGGCUCAAUAAGGAUCGCUCCCCAGGCAGAAGAGAAGCGUCAUUGAAUUUAACAGGAAUUAAGUGCAUUCAUCAUCCGUGGUCCACUACACAGUCUUCGGAGUUCACUCUUAAGACCAAGGAUCACAUCUUGCCCAAGGGUCUGUCAAGAAAAAGGGUGCAGAAGGAGUCCAACACCUCUCCGGGUAGAAUACUGCCACCUUGUUCCAAAAAGUAUCGAAAGAGGCGUUUGUUGUCUGUGCAGACCUUGAAGAGCUGCAAAAACGAACAGGGUAAGGGCCAAAAGAAGUGCGUCGAUGACAGCGAGUACGAGGAUGAUCGUCCAAAGAAGUCGCAGCUGAAGUCGAAGAAGAGGAACGCGGGACGACCGUCGAAGCGGAAAAAAAACAGCAAAAAUCGCAGCAAGAAGCAGCUGAAGCCUCUGGAGGAUCCGAUGGAGGACUACGAUUAUCGCAUGCCCAAGGACCGAAAGUACGAGAUCCUCGACGAGAGACAGGCCGACGACGAUCCUGAAGAAACCCUCGAAAACGACGAAACAAUUCCUUCGGAGUCUGAAAAAAUGUCGGACUCCAGCGAGCUACCGAACCCCUUCCAGCUACCGGACACCGAUGUCAACUUCGACAAAUUGCCGGACAAGAUGGAGGACUCGAAGGUGGAGGAUCUGGCGCAGGUCGAGAAGAACGAAUUGGGGAAAGAUUUCGAGAUAUCACUGACGGGGAAAAUUCACUUGGAAAGCGAUUCGAACGGGCGACCGGUGUCCAUCAGUUUCAACGCCGCGCCGGAAUAUCUGCCAAAGGGUUCCGCGAGGAUAAACGAGUACGUCGAUCGAUUCCCAUCAGAGUCAGCCUCCAGUUCUUUCGCCGACGCGUCCGACACGGACAAUGCUAAUUUUUUGUCGAACUCUUUGGCCCAACCGAUGGUCCCCGAAGCGGCCGAUCGAUUCGAAUACUCCGACGAGAUUCGUGAGAGAAAUAGAAAUCCAGGCAGAUACGUGGGUCGCCAGAAAUUGCUUCGUUUGCAGAAGAAAUCCGUGGACGCGAUUAAAGACGCCGAUCAGGAGAUAAGACUGAAAAGGUUGUCUCAGGAUGACGACAGUGGCUUCGAGGGAAAUAGGGGGAGUAAUUUGAAACGAGACGUCAAUGUUGUUUCGAAGGAGAAGGAAGUGAAGAAUGUGCAGGAGCCUUUGACUUCUGAGGAACUGAAUGUGGUGCCAGACUCGCCCCAAGUUUCCCUGGACCUGUCCAACGAGCCAGAGGCCUCCUUCCUGAACAACGAGCCCGAGGACGUGAGUACGGACGUCGUAGAGAACUUUUCAGGUGCCUGCUACGCGAACAGCACUACGGCGAUAAUCGACGUGACCGAAGAAACCACGAUGACGGAGAAGCUGCCUGCCCUGACCAACCAGACGGUCCUGAGCUAUCAAGACAUAAAUAUACCGAAAGACACGGGUCCCUCCGUGGGCAGCGCACAGUUCCUCAACGUUACAGCGGCCGAUAGCUACGAGGAUGUGACGGAGGAGGCUUUGCCGACCGAGAAAGAGGGUUACGGGCAGGCGAAGGGAUACAACGCGACGCAGGAGGACAAAGAGUCGGCGGAGAAGAAGAACAUGUUGGCGGUGGAGGAAUUCGUGAAGAAGUUGGAGAAACUAGCUUCGGAUGGGAACUCGAGCAAUCAGACGGGCAACACUUUGAUCCACUUGAAGAAGUAUAUAAUCGUGCCGAGCAACCAGACGUUUUGGGGUUUGGGGAAAUUGUCGGAGGCCGAGGAAUCGCAGCCAUCGGUGGAUACGAAGGUCAUAAUGGGGGACGGAAGGAAAGAGGUGGAAGAAAGCGAGGAUGAGAAGUCGGAGUUGAAGGACCCUGAUUUGAUUAGAGAGAUUAUUAGCUCGGUGAUCAGUGGCGAGAAUCGCGACGCGUCCGGUAAAUCUGUCGAAUCGAAGGAACAGUCAGAUCAGAUACCCAACGAUGAAAUACAAGAUGUGAUCGACGAGAAACUGGAGACAGGGAAGUCGGAGAGUUUAGCAAAAUUGCGAGAAGAGAGUAAAACCGACGAUCAAUUCCUGGAAAGGAACUCUGAAAAUGUUAAGAAACCUUCGAAAAACGGUAAUUACGUUUGCAGAGAAGGUAAAUCUAAUUUGAAAGAGAAAAGAGAGGCGGGUAACCUGAUAAGGCGGGAACGAAAACAGGAAGCUCGUAAUAAGAAGAAGGACGCGAGGCACGAGAAGAAGAAACAUCGGAGAAAGCGGAAAAGAAAGCCCAAGAAGAAGAAGAAGAACACGAGCAAGAAGGGUAGCAAGAAGAGCAAGUGGCCAUUUAAGAGGAACUUACUCAUGCUAUCGGAUGAGGAGCAGGUUCAAACACCGGACUGCGGGAAAAAGUGGAGGAUCAUUGAUAAAUUUUCAUUGUGCGAAAAGAGCAAGAGUAAAAUGGAACGAAUGAAGGCACCUGAUGGCGGAAAUAAGUUUAGAGAGCCGCAGAUUCGAGGAGGUCAGGAUUGCUCCGAUCGCAGGCAUCCUUCAAAAUAUCUGGAGUCGGCGCAUUGUCUGCGGUUCAGCAAUUUAUGGUACUCGGUCUACCAGCUAGAAGAGCCAGUGGUCUCCCACAAGAUUCACCUGCAGAUCUACGUGAAGCGUGCAUCGGUUGACGAAUCGAUAUUCUGGCAAGACCUGACAAACGGUUCGAGUAUAAGGACGUUUAUCUCAUCAGAUUGGGCACCUUCGAUAAGCGCUAUCGGGAUAAAGCGAACACCAUGGAUUUCACGAUGGUCAGGCGAGUAUCUGGUUGUGCAAGCGGACAAGAUCAACGAGGAUGCAAACGAGUGCGACAAAGCCGGUGUGGGUUUCACCGCAUUCGUUAAUCAACCGGAUCGUUGCGAACGUGUACGUGGAACCUGUUUGAAGAAUCAACCGAUGGAUUACUGGAGACACGACGUCGAAGCACGAGAUUCCGGACGGUCUGGUUGCUACUUCUUGAGCAAUUUCGCCUGGGUGCCGAGCGAGGCCAUCAAGUACAACGUGAACGGAACCGGAAGCCGCGAGUUCCUCGCUCUCGAGUACCAUUCGCCGCACGUGUCCGUGAUCGACGUUGAACUCGGCGCCGACUACAAUGCUCUCCUUCGAGCAGGGUCAUACGGUCGACUAACCGAGGUGUACAUAGAUAAUACAGCAAUUGAUUACACAGUGAUAACGGUGCUGAUUACCAACAAAGGCUCAUCUUCAUCCUCUUAUCGAGUCCGGAUUACAGAUUGUCCCCAAGGACUUCCGGUAUCGUGGUUGAACGCCGAGACUCCCACCAAGACAAUCUCGUCCCAUCGUGACCGUAAAGUAGCUCUAGAUCUCUACGGCAGACUCUCAUUAAACGAAUUCUCUUGUUCCGUGGAGCUGUUGAACAGCGACGGGGAAGCGGUGGCAAACAGGAGGCUGAAAGCGCGAAGAAAUAAUCGUUGCUUUUGUAUACGACACUGCGAGUGUACGUGCGGACGAGAUAGAACUUGUCGACCCGUGUCCUUGAAAAAUUAUCACGCCGCAGGAUUUCGGGGUCCACUGCCGACCGUUCCUGAUGAAUCUUUCAACUGGUUCCAUCCUGUCACCGUCGUUUGUUUGGUUUUUAUAGGUCUACUGCUGUUGUUACUCGCUUUAGGUAUUUUAAAAUGGGCGAUCGGAAUGUGCGUGCCGGCUGUAAGUCGUUGGGGUUUGGACGCGCUGCUCGAAUCGGACAAAAUGGAGGAAUAUUACGAGAAGGACCUAAAAUCGCGGAGCGUGGUGUUCAACGAAUUCGGGCAACCCGUGCAUCCGGACACGAGGCGAAAAUCCGUUAGAAUUUGCAAGAGGAAGGUAGAAUUUUUCCUGAAUCUGAUAUUCUUCUUCAUCCACCCCCUGGUGUGUUGUUGUUACUGCACGAAACCUCGCCCAAGCAAAAGUAUUCCAGUUGAAUCCAAGACGAGUCUGAUGUCUGAAAAAGACGAGACCCCUACAAUGAUAUGCCUCAGCACGUACGGAGACAGCAUAAAUUCCAAGAUGGAGGCGGAGGAUACGAAGUACGUAAUAGACGAGCUGAAAAAGUCGCAGGAGUCCUUGCAGAAUCACGGCAGAUACAAAGUAGGCCUUCGAUCGUACUUUCUAGGACCUUCUCGAAUCUCUGUAAUGGAUCUCUUUUUUAAUACCUGA